UGGCCGUCAAUGUGAUUCGAAAACGGGAGACAGUCGUUUAGCGUGACGACAAAUCUGUAUUUGCCAAAAGGGUGAAGGGCUGAAAGCUAUUGGAACGCCCUAUAAAUGAGACCCAGUGAGUUUGAACGGCUGAUCAGAUGUCCGGGAUGGAAACGAGGAAACAACGAGGCGAUUAUGAUGGUAAAAUCGCCGGUUUGUACGAUUUGGAGGACACAAUCGGACGAGGCCAUUUUGCUGUCGUAAAACUUGCAAGACAUGUAUUUACAGGCGAAAAAGUUGCGGUGAAAGUCAUCGAUAAGACAAAAUUGGAUGAAAUAUCUCGUUCACACUUAUUUCAGGAAGUACGAUGCAUGAAAUUGGUGCAACACCCCAACGUCGUGCGUUUGUACGAGGUGAUAGACACACAGACCAAGUUGUAUUUGAUAUUGGAGCUUGGGGAUGGAGGAGAUAUGUAUGAUUAUAUCAUGAAACAUGACGGUGGAUUGGAAGAAAAUGUAGCCAGACGAUACUUUAGACAAAUAGUAGAAGCGAUAUCGUAUUGCCACAGACUUCACGUUGUUCACAGGGAUUUAAAACCCGAGAAUGUGGUGUUUUUCGAGAAACUGGGUCUGGUGAAAUUGACAGAUUUUGGAUUCAGUAAUAUGUUUAAUCCAGGGAAAAAGUUGGAGACAUCGUGUGGUUCACUUGCAUAUUCAGCUCCAGAAAUCCUUCUUGGAGAUUCCUAUGAUGCACCAGCAGUAGAUGUAUGGAGUCUUGGGGUGAUUCUCUACAUGCUAGUUUGUGGCUGUGCCCCCUUCCAAGAAGCCAAUGACAGCGAAACACUGACCAUGAUCAUGGACUGCAAGUUCAACAUCCCCGACCACAUCUCUAGCAACUGCAGGGAAUUGAUUCGUGGUAUGCUGAUCCGCGAGCCAUCACGGAGGCUGACACUUGAUCAGAUUCUACGCCAUGAGUGGGUGACUGUGGGGGGAGAGUACAACCCAGUGUUCUACAUGCCCCUCAUCUCACACGAACACUUGACACCUGAAGACCACACCUACGUCGUACAACGCAUGGUGGAGGGGAAGAUUGCAUCCAAGGAUGAGAUUGUCAGCUCUCUUGACAAAGAUUCAUAUGAUCACAUCACUGCCACAUACUACUUGCUGGCCGAGCGUAAGCUGAAGAAACACCAGCAUGAGAUGCAGCAGGCUGCAAGUCAACUGCGGAAACAGUCCGCCCCUGGACACUCCCAGAAACCACACCUCGAGCCACUGUCCCUCUCACCUCGCAAGCAAAGAGAAGUGAAGAAGACUAAAACUGCCCCAAUAGGUUGGGGCAUGGAUGCAGACUCCCUAGCUAUAAGCCCUACUAUCUCCCAGCCUAUGUCCGCUGACAGCAGUCUUAAUAGACCAGUGUUUGUGAAGACUUUGACCUCAAGCAUGACACUUGACCGUAAAAGUAACCAAAAGAAACGCCUAUCUAAAUCGGGUGCAGUCUCUCCAGGUGUGGUCGGCUUACCGUCUCCACCUGAGAUCAACCUUUUGUCCAAAUCGGAACCAGAUGCUGAGAAUAUGAAAAAGAGCAUUUCAGUUUCUGCCAAAUUUUCCAAAAUUGCCAUAUUAAGUUCAUUCUUUGAACGAAAAGCUGCUGCAGCUGCAGGGAAGGGCCCCACCCCAGACCACAAAACUGGGUUUUUCCUACCCGGAGGUGGAAAGAAAGCAGACAACGUGAGGCAAAGACUCCUGAACAAGGCAGUGACGCCCAACUCUCCCCCAUUCUUGACGCUGGAAGCAUUGGCGUCGCGAUUCCAGGGAGUGCAAACAGAGCCAUCUGAUCCCAAGGAUGCAUUGAAGCCAACGUACGUGCAGUCACUGGUGUCUCCUCCCGGCACCCAUCCCUCCCCGUCUGCAUCCCCCAAGCAUAAUGCAGUCAGCCCUGAGAAGCACUACAGGAUGAGGAAGUGUAGUCUGAUCAAGGAGGAGUCCCAGGAUUCACAGGAGGAUGGCUCGGACAUGGAUGUGGAGGAGUCUGGGAUGAUGAAGCCCAUUGUGUCCUGUGAAAGUUUGGAGAGUAUGGUCUCAGUGUCACAUUGCCAGCAGAGCUCAUCAUUGGAGUCCAUUUCGAGGCAGUCCACAUCCCAGUCGAUGCCAUCGCAGCAGACGACAUCCAAGCAGGUGGUGCCGCAGGUGACUGUGACAAAGCAACCGUCUGUUCAGCAGACGUCUUCGACAGGAAAAGAACUUGGUUCGACCCGAUGGCCGUUGAAGUCUGUGAACAGCUCUCCACAACUCCUUAAUCAGAUUUUUGAGGAAAAUGAAUCUGAUGAAGAAGAGGACUUUGUCCCCCAGAAGUUACACUCACCCCGUACAUUUGUCAGCAGCAUGGCAUCACCUGAAAUCCUGCGUAAGUAUGAGCAGCGGAAGAAACGCCGUGGAGCAGGUCAACGAGGUACAAGCUGUAGCAGUUCAGAUGCCAGUGAUACUGAUGAUACCGAGGGCAGGUCACGCAAGGAUAAGUUGAAGCAUAAGUUUGUCCAUCGCCGUGACAGCAGUGACCAUUCUAGUGAUACCGAUGGGCCAGGUGGACAUGGGGGAAACAUGGGAGGUGGGGCACGCUUCAGUGGAGGAGGGGGUUCAUCCAGAGGAUCUCAUGGGGGUAACCGCAAAGAUUCAGGGAAGAAAGACAACUCUGGCAACCAAGGCUCGAAAGGUCAGGGGAGCCAGGGUUCCAAGCAGAAUCAAGCAAACACCAGCAAUGGGGCAGAACUGAAUCUGAAAGCACUGACCAAGAAGUUGAGUCAGCUAAGUGUGAACUCUCUGUCAUCUAUGUCUAGUGUAGGGAGUGUUGGCAAUGGGAAUUGUGCCACAUCUGCCUCAUCAACGGCUCAGUGGACGAUAGGUAAUACUCCAAUACAAUACAUAGGGCGUACAGACUCGGAGCUAUAUGUCGAAGCCAAGUCCCUUCAGUUCAGUGAGCUCUCAGAGUACACCGACCAUGACCUUGGAGACAGGUCGUCAGUAUGUUCAUCAGAUUGUGUUCUGAUGCAGCGUAAAGGUCACCGAGCACGCUCCAAGAUCACAACUGACAUCAACAGCAACGGUGUGCCGCCAAGCUACUGUAAGCCAGGAGGGGCUCAACAACUAUCUGUGAUGAAAGUCGAGUCAAAAUGUUGUUCUGUAGUUUGAAGUUUCUUGUUAUGUAGAUAGUAAAUGUUAAGGUUUUUGUGGCCAAGAGAAUGUACAUUUUGUAUGUAAUGUAUAGUUAAAAUGUUUGCAGAAAUGCAGGACCUGACGUGUUCACAAAGAAUACGACAACAGGCGAGUGAGGCUUCCACAAGCUUAUCUUGUCAUGAGUCAUUGUAGCAGAAUGUCAAAGGAUGGUACAUCUACUACCAAAGUUGAUCAUAUGGGAGAAAUUUUGAUUGGUUUGCAACAUGUUUAAUUAGCAUUUUGUGUCCUUAUUCUGUUCCCUUACAACAACAAUUCUGGCUUUGAUAUCGUAAUCUUUCCAAAGUAAUGUCUUUGCUGCAUCUGUUGUACAAACUGCAUCCUGUUUUCAUGUACCAUCUUAUCAUUUUGGGGAUCCAAGCUAACCAACAUUGGUGUUUUAAAUUGAUGAGAGCCAAAUGUUUUAUUGUAUGUUUGUGUGUUAAAGUAUCUGAUCGGGAGUCGGCUAAGAUUGUCGUACUUUGUCAUCCCCCAUGUCCAAAGCUCUUUCAAAGUGCUACUUUUAUGUCCUGAAAUGCAAUAUACUCAUAAUUAUACACUGAACUUUUAACAUGGGUUUAGGCCAUAAUAGACUGACUGGUUGUUUUAACAAUAUUUUAUGACUAGACAAUUUUACAGCAUUUUAUCUGACAGCAAUUGGUAUUUGACCUGAACAUAUGUAGUGUUUCUCACAUACAGGGAAACAUGUACAAGUCAAACUACAAUUGUACAUGGUGAUAGAGACUGUCCACCCAUCCUGGAAGUAAAUGUGUAGCCUUAGUAAAUUAUUCAACAGUAUGCUGUAUCUGAGUGUAGCUUAGGCUGCAUGCUAGACUGUGUCUGUAGUCUGAGGAAGAGGUUGUGUGGACAGGUUCUAUCGCUGAUGUAUUGUGUCUUUCAUGCAUGUCUGGGUGUGUUGAUGCAGUCAGUCAAUGUGCAGGUGCCAAUACCAAUGUGAUAGUCCCUGUAACUAUAGUAUUGUGUAGGGAGGGCUCUGAGGUUGUCAGAGAAACCUGUGCCAUCAGUGCAGUCCUGUAUCAAAAGCACUGUCUGGCAUUGUAACAAGUCACCCUUAUAAGUAACUAUGAUAACUGUGUAUAGUAGCUCCAGUAAUCCAUUACUGUAAGACACCUUGCAUUCAAGAAUUAUAUCCUUCUUCAUGCAAAGGUGGUUCGGUUGUAUGAUGCGCUGCAAUCUUGUAUCUCUAGGGCUCUCCAGAAACCCUGGUCAGGGGUCCGAAUGCUGGUUUCCCCUGAUUAGGUUACUAGGUUUGUAUCCCUAAGGGCUCUCUAGUAUGCUAGAUCAAAGGUCUGAAUGCUGGUUAACCCUGGUUAGGUUUCUACUGGCAAACAAGGAUAAGUUGAGCACCGACCUGACAAUUGACUUGUAUGAGCAUGUAUGAGUGCCGCCCACUGGCCCUUGCCAUUGGUAGCGAAGGGGCUCCGGGUUGUCCGCGAUCAAGUGUAGUGCGAUGGGUGAAGUGCGUGGCCUGUCUCAGCAAAUGACAGCUACACACGGAAUCAAUUUCAUUGUCAUGCAAUGCACGUACACUAGCCUACACCUGCUCUACCUUUUACAAACCAAAUGGGUUUGCUCAUUGCCGUGCACUGCCUACUUCUCGUAAACGUGUUCUCUGUGCCGGUCCAACUGAUCCUUGUUUGCCAGUAGGUUUGUAUCCCAAGGGUUCUCCAGAAAUCUGGAUCAAGGUUUGCACCAUACAUAUCCUCGUUGGUUUAACCAAAGUCGUAAAUGCCUGAGAGCUGCAGCACUUUAGGCUUUCUUUCAAAAUUAAGCCGACAUGCUAACAGAAACAGAAUAAUGUUUAAAGCAGUGCAAAACCAAACUGACUCACUCACUUGUAUAUGCAGGCGUGUAAGUGUGUUUUUAUUCUCCAUAUUAUCAUUGUAUGUAAACUAUAUUUGUUGAGUAGAAGCCAAUUAUCUAAAUCGCUCUCAGCUUGAUUACUGGACUUAGAUAAUUUAGAUAGUUGGCUUCUACUCAACAAAUAUCGUCUACACGCAAUGAUAAUAUGGAGAAUAAAAACACACUUACACGCCUGCAUAUACAAGUGAGUGAGUUUGGUUUGGCACUGCUUUAAACAUUAUUCUGUUUAAAUUGUAGCAUGUCGGCUUGAUUUGGAAUACAUUAGUAUCUGGAGAAUCAAUGUGUCCCUUGAUGUGGAUAUGAGAGACCUGUGUGACUUGUUACAGCCUCAGUUGCCAGCUGUAUCUGAGACUGUAUUGAAGGGACACAGUGUUCCCUGCAGCAACCUAGCCUGACCCUGUUCGUGUCGCUGUGCAUAAUUAACUGAAUCCUGCUGUCAGUUUACCAUCUCACUGUUUGUCACACUAUUGUCUGAGCUUCUUCUGAUGUGUAAAACUAGUCCUGGAUUCUUCCCAGAUUGUACAGAAUCCAGUUACUUCUCCUGCAGCAGGCACAUAAUGUAAGCUGAGACAGUGUAGUUGUAAUAACUUGUAAGAAUUAUUGUAACAAGUGGACUAUUGGUCCAUUCUUCUUAGGAAAAGGAUAAGCAAUAUACAAAAAAAACUGCAUUAACUUAAACGAUGAUGAAACAUCAGCAGCUCCCAAUCAGCACCUUUGGCCAAUAUCAGCUUUUAGCUGCAACUAUGGCUAAGUUGAUAUAUUUGUGAUGUACCAACGGCGAUGACUUAACGAGGUCUCACUAUUCUAAGACAAAGUUCUGUCUAUUUAAGACUAGAACCAUUGAAGUUUCUCAAAUGGUAUAAUUUACUGGUCAACAUACUAUAGUAUUAUAUAUCAUUCAUCUAUUUAAACGACCCUUUCCUCAUUACUAAACCUACAUGUUAGUAAAACUAAGACUAAAACUGACAGAUAAACCAUUAAAGAACCUUUGUCUAGUCAUAUAUGACUUUCAAGGAUAUUAUCAACCUGUUUCCAUUCACUGCCAUGAUUGUGACCGACCUUGAAGAAUGAAGAUACAUGCUUUUCUUCUGCUAAUACCACUACCUAGAUACUAACCACUUGUAGAUCUUGUUACAUAUGUAUAUAGAGGAGAGGAUAUCUAAUAUAUUGACUUGUUGAAGUAGUGCUGUAUGUGGUGUAUGUGGUGUGAAGUCUUCCCCAGUCUGUGUCUUGACACACAAUGGGUGUGUCAGGCUCUUGUUUACCUUGUCACAUUAUCACAUAGAACUUUGUCAGGAAACUACUAGUUGCAGUGUCUGUCAGUUUUGUGUGUCUGUGAAUAGCUUCUUGAAAAACUGAUACUUUGUGACAUAACUUGUCUUGCAGUAAAAGUCUUUGUGUUGACUGUUACAUGAAUCAACCAGUUGUUGCUACCUACUCGAACAACUGUAUUACUUGUCUAAUCUGUGAAAAAAAUACAACUCGUACCCUCUUUCUUAAAUAGUUGAAACGAAGGUAACGUAAUCGGAUGAUAGUGAAAGUGUCUACGUAGCCAAUGUAGUAUCUUUGAGGGGCGAUGUAAAUUGUAAUCACAGCAGAAGUACAUAAUUACCUGUAUGUAUAUUGUACUUUAGUGGAGGUGUUGUGCUCCAACAGAAGCAUUUUAUCAGCUCAGGGGGAUAUUAUGGUAUUGUAGAGAACAGCUGGAUCUGUUUCAUAGCAUUCAACUUGACCAUGCUGCAGGGUUUGUAUUGAUCUGCAGUUUGGUUUUCGUGCUUGUGAACAGGGUACAACUGGGUGCCAUAGCACAAAGCCAUCUCAGCAAGAAGUUGAUCGUAAGUACCAUACUUUAACAUUGACCUACGAUCAUAGCGAGAAGUUGAUCGUAUAUCCCAUACUCUAACAUUGACUUACGAUCAUAGCCCAAAGUUGAUCGUAAGUCCAGUACCUUAACAUUGACCUACGAUCAUAACGCGAAGUUGAUCGUAAAUCCCAUGCCUUAACAUUGACCUACAAUCAUAGCACUAAGGUUAGUUUGUACAACAGCACCCUAGGCGUAUUUGGUCCAAGUAUGUAGAAGGUGAUUCAUUCUUGAUAUCUGGAUGGAAACAUCGCAUAAAUGAACAGCUCUUGGACUUAAGACAUUGCUAAUUUAAGCUGAAGACUGAGGAUGCACGUAGUGUAAUGACUAAUGACUAUUUACACAAUGAUACAGGUUGUGCUAGUUUACAUGUUGGUAUUUAUGUAGUCAGCCUCACUAAAUCACAAUCACUGUUUGUGAAUCCCCAAGAUCAUCACUUUAAUUGUAGUAGCUGUUGUAACCAGCACCACUCUGAUGACUUCCUCAUGUUCUGCUGAACACAUGCAUAAACAGCUUGGCUCAUUUAUCAAAAUAUAACAUAAAUCACCUCACACAUAAAGUCGACAACAAUUAAACGUCCAAAUAUGCUAUAGUUUACUUUCGAAGUAGCUUAUUAAGUGAGCUUUCGGGAACUUUGCGUGAUCAAUUUAUGAUUACACCUAAUCUUCCACAGCUAUGAAUAUUAAGCAUGAAACACAUAAUUAUAGUCAUACUGCAGGUCUUCUCUCUGACUGACGGGUUGCAACAACUAAAGCAACAUUAUUUCCUGAUAUCAAUUUGUCCUUCCAUUACGAGUAAGUUGUCUACUUUGUUGCAUUGGUGUUAGAGCUUAUGCUUCCUAUCUCUAUGAUGAAGUGAUAUUUGUGAAGUUGUGUAAAUGUUCUGUGUAACCUCAAUGCUGGCGUUGAGGCUUGUAGUUGCUGUAAACCUGUGUUUCACCAUGGUUCUGUGUUGCCAAGGUUAUGUUACUGUGGAUUAGUGCAUGUACAUAGUUCACAUAAACGACAAAAGGUGUCAUUGUCUGUGAAGGGUUGUCUCCCUUGUCAUGUGUUAUAGUGGAUACAGUGUAAUCUUAUUUAUUUUGGUAGUUUGUGUAAUCAUUUUCAUCACUUGUACGAUUCAUGUUAUGUUCAAAAGUCUGUCACUGAUACUGAUGAAACAUGUCAUACGAGGGGCAUUGCUGUAUUAGCAUUCUGGAGCUGUUGUUUACAUAUAACAGCUGUAACACUCUAAUCAGGGUCACUGCCACCCCUCUACAGUGUUUUGUUGCAUGUUGUGUGUACCUUACACAGCAAUGUUACUGUAGCCAUGUGUUAUGUUAAUCAUUACACUUACUUAUCCUUAAUUCUAUUUUGAAUUCAACAAAUGUGUGCAUCAUGAAAAUGUUGCCUGUCUACAGACCAACAAGACAAGUCCUGAAAGCAUUGUGUAGAUAUCCCUGAAUCAUAUUCCACAUGUGGGUUUCUUGGAGGUAAGCAAGGUUUUAAGGGAUGUUUCACCUUGCAUUUCUCAUAACUAAUCGUAUGUCACCAAGUUUAGUUUUCCUAUAUUUUGUACCUUGUAUGUCAAGUGGUCAUCUGUCAAAGUUGUUGCUCUAACAACCAAAUAAGCAUAUUGUGCUUAAAAAUAUACAAUAGGUGCAUACAUGGUCAUGGUCAUGUUUAGUUUACAGUGGGCAACGAAAAUGCAUAAACAUGAUGACCAUACAGCUAGAGAAAACUUUCAUGAAAACUACACCAGACUUCCCCUAAAGAUCUUUUGCAAUGAUUGUAUUAAAAAUUAGUGUCAUCUGGACAAAAAAGACAUUGGUGGAACAUAUUGACAAACAAUGUUUGGCCUUGUUGAAGAUCAAUCUUUGCAGAUAGUUAUCCUGUGGAACUAAGCAACAGAAUGAACUAAUGCAUAGCGAUUAGUAUGUGUUAUGUGAAAAUAUAUCUCAGACAUAUUACGGGGUUUCAGUUUGGGAAGCUGCUGAAAGGCUGAUAAAUGUUCAUAAGCUUCAGGGACUUCUGCUCAGGACAAAAGGACCAAUGAGGAGGGCUUAAAGUGUUUUUAUCUCUUGGAUAAAUGUUAUAUAGAUGUGUAAGCAGUUGUGCUGGAUUCUGUCUAAAAACUGCCAUCAGCUGGUCUUGUAUCUCGAUCAUAAUAAGAAACAACACUGUUUCAAUAUAUGAUAAUGGGUAAUUGUCCUGAACCUUUAUGUAUAAUGUUACAUUGUUGUACAAAGCUCCUGUGUGUUGCUGUUAUGGGUAAAGUCCCGCAUGUUAUGUACAUUGACCUGUGUAUAUAGACCUGUACGUUUUCUGCAGCCCAGCACUGGCUAUGCUCAUGCAUGAGCUAUUGAAGAGUUAUGUAAGGCAGCAUGUGGACCGCAAAGGAGGGAGGGAGGUUGGGUAGAGGAGCUAUAUAUAUGUGCCAAACAAUGGGAUUGGGACUGUUUCCUGCAAGCUUGGAGAAUGGGAGGACUUUGCAGUAGGUUCUCACCUGCUUGCAAUUCUGGUUUAUCACAGGUUGUAGUUAGUUCUGAACUUCCACAAGCCCGUGUUCAAAUGGAUGUAGUUGUGACAUGUUGUAUUUGGGAGUACACUUUCUCAGUAAAGUACAGAUUCUUGUACUUUUGUUGGGUUGAAUCCCAUCUGGGAUUCGACCCACACCCUCAGUCAGGCACCUGAUCCCCAGCACACAAAGUCAGGCACUUAACCCGCUCAACCAGUAAGUUAGUUCUGACUGACUGUUUGGAUGGGUGUUGUUUGUUCUGAGUUUCUCAGAAGCAUGAGCUCAUUUGAUGAAUUUGGUUACACCUGAAUCUUCCAUCCAUGCUAUAGGGGUUUGUGGUGGUUAAGCAAUUCUCAUCAUGAUAUCAGUAUUGUGGGUUGUCCAGUUGAUUCAGGCUUUCGAGAUUAACGUGGAUUAGCGUGCAUUUAGUCCCAACCACAGACACUUACAAUGGUGGAUGUACUUGGUUCAGGACUUCAAUAAAACGGGAGGGUAUGGGUCAAAUCAGCCCUCACACAAGCUUGCAGGUUGAUUUGGUCAAGAUGGUCAACAUCUUCAAUGCAUAAUUGUACAGCUAAUACUGAGUCAUGGGUUGAGCAAUGGCUAUGAAGGGGUCAAGUAUGUUAGACUGUCCAUCGUCUGUGAUAGGGAAUAGCUCCAGAACAGGUGUUGAGGCAUUCAGAAAGAAAGUCUGUGACAAGAUUACUCCUUAGGAACUGUUCCUCAACUGAAGGUUGAAGCAGGAAUCCUAAUAAAUCUUGAACAUCAAAGUGUACAGAGUGACAAGUUCCUGCAUCUUGAGGGCAAAGGUAGUCACUAAUCAGCAUCUAUGGAUAUCUUUGACAAGACUGAAUUCAUCAGACAUGUCCACAAGGCCUGGUGUCAUUUUAACCAUGUAAUGUAUGCUACACUGAGUGUUUAUCAUUCUUUGUAAUAAACCUUUUAUUCCUAACAGUGUUACCAGAUUAUCGUCUGUGAUGUUUCUACACAAACUGUGGUUAGGUUCUUACAGUUAGGUGUCUAUUUGAGAAAACAUUUUAACCCUUACAGUGUUAGAGAACAUUGCUUGUGUCUAACCUGUCAUUUUAUCCCUAGCUGUGGUACAGUUAUCCUACUCAAGCCCACUCAUUUAACUAACGGAACAUUUUAUCAUUAGCAGCCCUCUACUGUGUACAGGCAAUUGUGAAUAAAAGCUGUGUCAGAACCUUU